AAGUCUCUGUAUUCAAGCGAUAAAAUGGCAGAAGCCAGAAUUUUUCAGGAUGAGUUCUCGUGUCCAGUGUGUCAGGGUCUUCUGGAGGAUCCAGUGACCAUUCCCUGUGGACACAGUUACUGUGAGAGCUGUAUUACAGGCUGCUGGGAACAGGAGGAUCAGAUGAGAGUCUACAGCUGCCCUCAGUGCAGACAGACCUUCAGUCCAAGACCUGCUUUAGCUAGAAACACCAUGCUGGCUGAAGUGGUGGAGAAACUGAAGAAGACCAAACUCUCUGCUGACUGUGAUGCUGAAGCUGGAGAUGUGCAGUGUGAUGUCUGUACUGGAAGAAAAUACAAAGCCGUCAAGUCCUGUCUUGUGUGUCUGAACUCUUACUGUCAGAAUCACCUUGAACAACAUGAGAGUUGGUUUGAAGGAAAGAGACACAAUUUGACUGAAGCCACUGGACGACUGCAGGAGAUGAUCUGCCAGAAACAUGAGAAGCUCCUUGAGGUUUUCUGUCACACUGACAAGAAAUGUAUAUGUAUGCUGUGUACGAUAGAUGGACAUAAAAACCACGACACUGUAUCAGCUGCAGCACAGAGGACAGAGAAACAGAAGCAGCUGAAGGAGACGCAGAAGACGUUCCAGCAGAGAAUCCAAUGCUCUGCACAGACAGCAGUGGAGGACAGUGAGAGAAUCUUUGCUGAGCUCAUCCGCUCAUCCAUUGAGAGAAGCCGCUCUGAGCUGAUACGGCUGAUCAGAGAUCAGGAAAAGCAAGCAGUGAGUCGAGCUGAAGGACGACUGGAGCGACUGGAGCAGGAGAUCAAUGAUCUGAGGAGGAGAGACGCUGAGCUGGAGCAGUUUUCACACACACAGGAUCACAUCCAGUUCCUGCAGAGUUUCCAGUCUCUCUCAGCACCUCCUGAAUCUACAGAUGGAAAUGAUGAUUCCUUAAUUUCUCUCUUCUCUUCUGAUGGCCUGAGAGAAUCUGUCCAUCAGCUGAGAGACAAACUGGAGGAUUUCUGCAAAGAGGAGCUCAAGAAGAUCUCAGACAGAGAAACCCUCACCAACAUUGUUCCCAGAACCAGGAACCACUUCCUACAAUAUUCCCAUCAACUCACUCUGGAUCCGAACACAGCAUAUAAACGCCUUUUUCUGUCUGAGAGCAACAGAGUGAUUACUGUCGCUGGCACAGAUCAGUCGUAUCCUGAUCAUCCAGACAGAUUUGAUUAUUGGUGUCAGGUGUUUUGUAGAGAGAGUGUGUGUGGACGCUAUUACUGGGAGCUGGAGUGGAGUGGAUAUAAUGGUGUGUGUAUAUCAGUGUCAUAUAAGAGCAUUAGCAGGAAGGGAGGGGCUAAAGAGUGUGUGUUUGGAUUCAGUGAUCAGUCCUGGAGUUUGUUCUGCACUCCCUCCAGAUACUCAUUCUGGCACAAUAAGAAUGAGACUGCUCUCUCUGUAGAGUCCAUCAGCAGUAGAAUAGGAGUGUUUGUGGAUCACAGUGCAGGAACUCUGUCCUUCUACAGCGUCUCUGACACAAUGAGCCUCAUCCACACAGUCCAGACCACAUUCACUCAGCCGCUCUAUCCUGGGUUUGGAUUUGGAUCUGGAUCAUCAGUGAAACUGUGUUGA